GUCUCCGGGAGGGUUGUUGCUUUUUCCGUGUAUGGUCACUGGUAUUUGUGAUGCAAGCACACGUGAUGAGAUCAAAGGCCUUAAAGCAGGGUCUUUCUGAGGCAGCCACAGUCUGGUACAACAACAGGGUUUAUAGUCUGGCCAACACGGUUUCAAGGAUUGUGCAAAGUCAGUGGAUUGAUCAUGGCCCCUGCAACAACAACCAAACUAGGCUACACACCACCAGAUGGAGGCUGGGGCUGGGCUGUCGUCUUUGGCGCUUUCAUCUCCAUAGGAUUCUCCUAUGCCUUUCCCAAGUCCCUCACCAUCUACUUUAAGGAGAUUCAAGAAUAUUUCUUUGUUUCCUACAGUGAGAUUGCCUGGCUGUCCUCAGUCAUGCUCGCUUCUAUGUAUGCAGGAGGACCUGUGAGCAGUUUACUUGUCAACCGUUAUGGCAGCAGACCUGUGGUCAUGGUCGGUGGGAUCAUGGUUAGCACUGGCAUGAUACUUGCUUCUUUUGGCAAGACCAUUAUGCAUCUGUAUCUUUGCGUUGGAGUAAUCGGAGGUUUAGGCCUGGCCUUCAACCUACAGCCGGCCCUGACGAUCAUAGGUACCUACUUCCAGGUCAGAAGGCCGCUGGCUAACGGGCUCGCCAUGACAGGUAGUCCGGUUGUUCUGUUCACUCUGGCUCCUCUCAAUCAGUUUCUGUUUGAUUCUUUUGGCUGGAGAGGGAGCUUCCUCAUCCUGGGAUCCAUUGUUUUGAACUGCUGUGUAGCUGGCGCUUUGAUGAGACCAGUCAACAAAAAUGCCCAAUCAAAGACUGAUCCAUCAGAAUGCAACGGGACAGCUGCUGAGGAAGCUACUACAGGAGACACCGGUGCGCAGUCAGCUAACCUUCUGACUAAAGAAAACCAAGAAGAGAGCGGGAGUCAGGGUUGUGUGCACAAAAUCAUAGAUCCCGCACUUUUCAAACACCGGGGCUUCCUCAUUUAUCUCAUUGGUAAUGUGGUCAUGUUCUUUGGGUUUUUUGCGCCUGUGGUCUUUCUGGCUCCGUAUGCCAAGCAUCAAGGGAUUGAUGAAUAUUCAGCAGCUUUCUUGCUCUCUAUUUUUGCUUUGGUGGAUAUGUUUAUCAGACCAGCCACUGGCUUUAUUGGCAACACCAAGUGGAUUCGGCCACGGAUCCAAUACUUUUUUAGUUUUGCAGUUUCAUACAAUGGUGUGUGCCACCUUAUAUGCCCAUUGUUACCUGGAUAUGUGGGUCUGGUUGUUUAUGCAGUCUUCUUUGGUUUGGCGUUUGGAAUGCUUUCUGCACUGCUUUUUGAAGUUCUGAUGGACCUUGUGGGAGCUCAUCGCUUCUCCAGUGCAGUUGGACUUGUCACCAUUAUCGAGUGUGGGCCGGUGCUCCUUGGACCUCCACUUUCAGGAGCUCUGGUUGAUAUUUUCGGGGACUACAAAUACAUGUACUACGCGUGUGGAGUGUUUAUGCUGGUGCCUGGUAUAUUUUUCUUCAUCAUGCAUUACUUCAACUACAAGAAACUUGACGAGGAGCGGAGGCAGACUAUGGCUUUGGAGAUGAGGACUUGUGAUGAGGCAGUUCAACUUAAAAUGAGCCAGGAUGGUGAAACAGCAGAAACAAAUGGAUGAACAUUCUGGAUGAAUUUUAGUUAAUGUAGACCAGUUUUCCAAAUUUUUACAGUUCCGUACCUCUUCCAACUUUCAGCCUCAAGCUACAUAGCCACACACUCUUAUAUGAAUUAUUUAUGUUAGCGUACCCUCUACUUCACAUCUUGUUCCCUUGGGGGAACAUGUACCCAAGUUUGGGAACCAAUGAUAUAGACAGAUGACACUGCAUAGGCUUUUUACAGCAGUACAUUCAGUGGAUGUAUGUGUAUGCAAUUAUUUUCUACUUUGGAUGAGAUUGUUUGAGUCUUUGAACCUUUUCUACACAGAUCAAGAUUUAGUGUUUUAAUGGUUAUUUUAUAUAUGUUGUUAUUACAUCAUGUGCCUACUGUAACUC